AUGGCACUUUUCAUCAAUCUGCUUGCUGUUUUUGUCAGUCUGAUAAUUGGCGGCACUAUUUAUUUGGACCGCUCGUUCUCAGAGCUGACCAACAGAGUGAGUUGGAAUGACAGACAUGUAUACAACAAGGCGGCAGAGUACAACGCAGCCUCAUGCAAGGUGUCAAAAGCGAUCCCAGAGGCGUGUGAAGACAGCAUUGUGGAUGACUCGACUGGUCUUGUCUACUUCAGCUGUGGCGAAACGGAAAACAGAACAAAAUGGUUCCCGGGAUGCAAUUGGUGGGACAAGGAGGGCAUGACCACAAACAGCUUCUAUGUCUAUGAUCCGGAGACGCGAGACUUUGAAAAAAUGAACCUGGACUACCAUGGUGAGUUCGUGUCGCAUGGCCUGUCUCUGUUGAAGGACCCCAACAACCCCGACACUCGAUACAUCUUCUCAGUCAACCACAAGAGUACUGGCAGCAUCAUUUCGAUUUUCUCGUUCCAGGCCGGCACCAACGACGUAUCUCAUGUUGGCGACAUCAAAGACUCGCGAAUCUACACACCAAACUCCGUCACCGCCUACGUCGAAGACGAUGGCUCGAUCGCCAUCAUGUAUACAAACGACCACCUCUUCCGAAAAGGCUUCAUGCGACAUGUGGAGGACAGCUACGGGCCGUUCAUGUGGGGGCAUGUUGGUAACUGCAACUUCAAGAUUGAGGACGGAGACAUCAAGGGCCUGUCUUGCAGUCGAGUGGCUGUGGAAAACUCGUACCCCAAUGGAAUCACCCACAUCCCCGACACCAAGGAAUUCUUGGUGGCUGACACCCGUCUCGGUACUUUGUCGUCCUUCAAGUGGGAUGUGGAUACAAAGAGUCUAAACCUCCAGCACUCGACACCAUUUGGUGCUGCUCUGGACAAUGUGCAUGUCAUUGCUGGAACAAAGGAUGUCAUUGUGGCUGGUUUCCCCGAUGAAAAGCAGGUGUUCUACAAGUUCAGAAAUAUGCAUGACAAGUCUAUCAAAGUGGAGUCGUUGGUCUUCAGAGCUAACAGUCGAGACAAUUACACGGUCCCCCACGUGCUGCAAAAGACUGACGGACUUCAUGGCCUCCAGGUGGUCACCAACUACAACUAUCUGCCCAAGCACGACCGGCUUCUGGGAAGCAGUGUUUGUUCGGAAGGAAUUUUGAUUUGCGACAACAUUUACGGAAUCAUCAUGUAA